AUGCUGCUCUAUGGACAAGCAACUCAUAUACCUUUGCCGCCAGAACUAUUUGAGGAUAAUUCCACUAGCUACCAGAAUCUUAGAGAUCCAGAUGAACGGAUAGCCUCAACCCUUCUAGCUGAACCAUGGUUGCACGCCCAACCAGUUCCUGCUACGAACGUGGGCCUAGGCCCCAUGGAUGGAACCCGAACUGUCCGAUUCUCCUCUCUUCCGCAGUGCUUUGCUUCGGCUGAAUCCAGGCGCAUUUACAUCUGCUUCUCAAUCUCCAUUUCCACUUUAGCCCCUUCUCACGAAUCUGCAGAACUAAACACUUCCAACCCAUCCAGACUUUCCAUGGCGAUUCGCUCACUAUCCAAUAUUUGGACUAGAUCAAAUAGCCCAAUUGGGUCUAAUGGCUUCCCUCACCUAGAAAGAUCUGGAUCUUUUCCGCCGAUUACUCAGAUACCUCCUCAAUUAAGAAUACUUCUGAAUAACUUGAUUAUCUUGCAACCGAAUUCUGAAAAUAAUACUAGAUAUUCACAAAAUAAUCAAAGUCCUCUCGAUCAUUCGAACUCUCUUCUUUAUAGACCUUCUACUGAUGAGUUUCCUCACUCUCUUACUAACAUCACCAGACCUCGUUCUCCUACCCAUGAUUCUAGAUAA